AUCCGUUUACAUUCCUUAUACCGUGGAACCAUUGUGUUUUUUUUAUGUCUAAUUUCCCGUCGGUCAAUUCUAAUUGAAUUUUACAAAUUGAUUUCUCAUCCCGUCCAGUUAUUUAUGAUGAGUUCGAAUUAUAACAGGAUUUAGCAAUUUCCCUAGUUUAAAAUCGGCCUGUACUUCAGACAAUUUUUUCUGUUAGCAAGGAAUACUCACAAAUCGCGGUGAUGGAUGACGAAGACCCACAAAAGAUAAAGAUAUUGCCAACUGAUCAGGAAAAAGAAUUUGGAUCUGUCUGGCGAAAAUGGAUCACGCGAAAAAUUUCUCAGGAGAAAAGUGCUACAACGAAACCAAAAUGGCGAAACUUACUGGAUUCCAAUCUAAGAAGAAAGCUUAAGAAAUCCGAAGGUGAAAAUCAAUUGGAUUCAAUUGAAAAACAAUUGAAUAACACAAAUAAUGGAUCUAAUUUAAUUCAAGAAUCGAAAAUGGCCCAAAACAACGUGGUUGCCGUAGAUGAUGGUGAUGAAUCAGUAGAUCGUCAUGACUACAUUCAAGAAGAACUUAGAGGAAAAUUACCAAAUCCUAUAAAAGUUCCACCAAAGUUUCAAAGAACAUUUUCCCUACCGGAAGAUGUUAGAAACUUGUCUAGUCCCGUUAUUGAAAAUGUGUACAUCCCUUCAAAGGAUUACUGCCCAUACCUUGACAAGCCACCCAGGAAAAACCGAAAAGACAGUGAACCUAAUGAGGAUGGCACAACAGUCCCAAUUCAUGAUGAUGUCAAGGAUGAUGUUGUAGUGAUUCCGGAGAAGGAUUAUUGCCCGUACCUCGACAAAGCACCGCGUCCUCAAACGAAUCAAAAUGAUUUUGAAGUUCGUAAGUGGAUAUUAAAGAACGAAACAGGAGAUGAUGAAGAAUUGCAGGUAUUCUUUCAGGAUAACAGUUCACUAAAAGAGAGGCGAAUUUCUGUUGGCAAAACCUUGGCACCCCGGUCCAAUUCUUUACCUGAUAUUUCUUUCACCCGUGAUAAACCACCGAAAUGGAUGGAACUUAUGGAUAUGAAGUUGGGAUUUGGAGAUUUUCCCGAUAUCGAUAGCAUUGUGGAAUCUAAUGUUGAAACGGAAAUAACGGAAGUUAAACAAACUCAAAGCGAGGCUGUAGACCCUGAAGUUUUUAAGCCUGCUUUGAGGUAUAACCCCUCCCAGCCAUGGUGGUUACCAGGGAUGCUAGGUUCACUCCGGGAUACCCCGGACUUUGGAAAAUACUCCCGUUUUUCUUCAUUUUCUACAUUUGCCCGGUCCACCACGGCGUCAGACACAACAAAGGGUCACUCCGAGGAUAGUCUCCGACGAAGGAAUACUGUGGUGGUCAUCCUAAUGAUCAUCGCUGUCCUGGCGGCCAUUGCCGUCAUACUUGGAAUCACCCUUUAUUUUCUCUACCAUAAAGCAAUAAUCCGAGCCCACAUAAACAUUACCAUUUACAAUCGUAACUUCACCGAGGACAUGGACAACCACACCUCAUCGGAUUUUCAAAAUAUAGCUGAGCCUUUAUGUGACGAAAUGGACAGAUAUUUCUUUACCAGCGAAUUCAAAUAUUUCUAUCUCCAGUGUAAAGUCCACGCCUUAACGGAUAAAGCAGGGAAAGUGGGAGUAUCCUUUAGCAUUGACUUUCUAGAUAACAUCUACACCCAGAACGUGAAAGUCAUACAAGACAUCAUUUUAAAGAAAUCUGGACGACUCGUGAAGGACAAUGCGCUGUUCCUCGUUAUUCGAGAUUUCCUGGUUUACAUUAAGAGCUUUAGUAUACGACUAGAAAAGAUUCCAACAGACGGUCCGAUCAGUUUGCCCCGAAUUCCAGUUUAUGACGAUAAAUGUUCAGAAGAGCCAUGCCGAAAUAACGCCACCUGUGUGAGCAGCAUACACAACAGUCGAUAUCAAUGUCACUGUGCUGUGGGCUGGACCGGAAAACACUGCGAAAAAGAUAUCAAUGAAUGUACAAAAUACCCGUGUCAUAACAAUGGGACAUGCAUCAAUACUGACGGUAGUUUCCUUUGUCUGUGUGAGUCAGGAUGGACUUCCCAACAUUGCACAAAGGAUAUAAACGAAUGCAAGAACUCGCCUUGUCAGAAUAAUGGAACCUGUAUAAAUAACAAUGGGUCCUAUUUGUGUGUCUGUAAACCUGGCUGGACAGGAUUCCACUGUGAUAAUGAUGUUAUAGAAUGUUCUACUAUUUAUCCAUGUGAAAACAAUGGCACCUGUCACAAUAAUAAUGGUUCCUACACCUGUGCUUGCACGGAAGGAUGGCAAGGACAAAAUUGUCAAGAUGAUAAAAAUGAAUGUCUCUCAUCUCCAUGUCAACACAAUGGUACCUGCUUAAAUACACCUGGCUCCUAUGUCUGUGAAUGUGAUGAAGGAUGGCACGAUCUGAAUUGCCAUCAAGAUGUGGAUGAAUGCAAUGAUUUCCCCUGUGAAAACAACGGAACAUGUAUCAAUAAUAACGGUUCAUAUACAUGUAAUUGUAUCGACGGCUGGCGGAACAAAACCUGUGGAAAUGAUAUUGAUGAGUGUUUAGAACGCCAGCCCUGUCAGAAUAACGGGACUUGUUUUAACAACGAGGGCUCGUACACAUGCAAUUGUACAAAGGGCUGGCAGGGUCAAAACUGUGAAAACGAUUGGAAUGAGUGCAGAAUUUCGCCAUGUCGAAAUAAUGGUACAUGUGUAAAUACCAUUGGAUCGUACAUUUGUAACUGCACAAGCGGUUGGGAGGGACAUGAUUGUGAAAAAGACAUUGACGAGUGCACAGUAUCCAAUCCAUGCAGAAACAACGGGACAUGCUUAAAUAAAAACGGCUCUUACGUUUGUGAAUGCACCGAAGGUUUUAUGGGCAAACAUUGCAAAGAAGACCGAAACGAGUGCGAAAAACUUGGUCUCUGCCAAAAUAAUGGAACGUGCCACAACAAUAAUGGUUCCUAUGUCUGUUCUUGCAGAGAAGGAUGGCAGGGACAGCAUUGUGAAAAAGACGAAGAUGAAUGUAAACAGUUUCCUUGCGAAAAUAACGGAACAUGUGUUAACACUAUUGGCUCCUACCUGUGUAAUUGCAGUGAAGGAUGGACCGAUCAGGACUGUAAAACGGAUGUGGAUGAAUGCAAAAUAUUGCAGCCUUGUCAAAAUAAUGGAACAUGUCUUAAUAACAAUGGUUCUUAUGCUUGUAAUUGUGCGGAUGGAUGGAGCGGAAAGUUGUGUGAUAAUGAUAUCAACGAAUGUGACCUAAUCUACCCUUGCCAGAAUAAUGGAACUUGCAUCAACAACCAUGGGUCAUACACAUGUAAUUGUACAAGGGGGUGGGAAAAUAAGGACUGCAAAGAAGAUUUGGAUGAAUGUACUGUUUAUGAACCAUGCCAGAACAAUGGAACAUGCACGAACAACAAUGGAUCAUAUUUUUGCACAUGCGCAGAAGGAUGGCAGGGAAAAGACUGUGAAGAGGACAUCAAUGAAUGUAUCGUUCGGAGUUCGUGUGAAAACAAUGGAACAUGCAUCAAUAGCAAUGGUUCUUAUGCCUGUAAUUGUACACCUGGGUGGCAAGGAAAAAAUUGCAAAGAUGAUGUUGACGAAUGUACGGUGUUCGAACCAUGUCAUAACAACGCAACCUGUAUCAAUAACAAUGGGUCCUAUCUGUGUUAUUGUAAAGAUGGCUGGCAAGGGCAACAAUGUCAGAAAGAUGUGAACGAAUGUGAUAAGUUUAAUCCAUGCCAAAACAACGGAACAUGCAUUAACAAUAAUGGUUCCUAUGUUUGUAACUGUACGGAAGGCUGGCAGGGAUAUGAUUGUGAUAAAGAUCGAUUAGAGUGCGAGUUAUUUCCAUGUGCAAACAAUGGUACUUGUAUCAACACUCUGGGGUCAUAUACUUGUAACUGUACAGACGGAUGGCAAAACAAGGACUGCAAAGACGAUGUGAAUGAAUGUGAAAAGUUUAGUCCAUGCCAAAACAACGGAACAUGUAUCAACAAUAAUGGUUCCUAUAUUUGUAAUUGUACGGAAGGAUGGCAGGGACAUGAUUGUGACAGAGAUUUUGAUGAAUGUCAGCUAUCACCGUGUCAACAUAAUGGUACCUGUAUCAAUACAAACGGUUCUUACACCUGUAACUGUACCGAGGGAUGGAAGGACAAGGAUUGUUUAACAGAUGAAAAUGAAUGUGAUGUAUUUGAACGUUGCAAAAACAACGGAACAUGUUUAAACAACAACGGAUCCUAUGUCUGUAAUUGCACGGAGGGAUGGAAGGGGCAUGAUUGUGAAGAAGACAUUAAUGAGUGUGAUUUUACACCCUGUGAAAAUAAUGGAACUUGCCUAAAUACUAACGGAUCAUAUUCGUGUGACUGUACAGACGGAUGGACAGACAAAGUCUGCAAAACAGAUGUGGAUGAAUGUGAAAAGUUUAGUCCAUGUCAAAACAACGGUACAUGUAUCAACAAUAACGGGUCCUACACAUGCAACUGUAUGGAGGGGUGGCAGGGACAUGAUUGUGACAUAGAUUUUAAUGAAUGUGAACUAUCACCAUGUCAACAUAAUGGUACCUGCAUAAAUACAAACGGUUCUUACACUUGUAACUGUACCGAGGGAUGGAAAGACAAGGAUUGUUUGAUAGAUGUGAAUGAAUGUGAAUCUUCACCUUGUUCUAACAACGGAACAUGUAUCAACACAAAUGGCUCAUAUGCAUGCAACUGUACGAUAGGAUGGAAAAGUAAAGAUUGUAUAGAAGACCAAGAUGAAUGUGAGAAGUUUAGCCCAUGCCAAAACAACGGGACUUGUAUGAACAAUAAUGGUUCCUAUGUUUGUAAUUGUACGGGGGGCUGGCAGGGACAUGAUUGUGACAUAGAUCGAUUAGAAUGUGAUUCAUAUCCUUGUGAAAAUAAUGGUACAUGCAUCAACACUCUUGGCUCCUAUACCUGUAAUUGUACAGAUGGAUGGCAAAACCAAGAUUGCAAAGAAGACUUGAACGAAUGUGAAUCGUUCCAUCCAUGCCAAAACAACGGAACAUGUAUCAACAAUAAUGGUUCCUAUGUUUGUAAUUGUACGGAGGGAUGGCAGGGACAUGAUUGUGAGGACGAUCUGAAUGAAUGUGAUUUCGCUCCAUGUGAGAAUAAUGGAACAUGUGUAAAUAAUAAUGGCUCCUACAUAUGUAACUGCACAGACGGAUGGACAGACAAAAACUGCAAAAAAGAUGUAAAUGAAUGUGAAAAGUUUAGUCCAUGUCAAAACAACGGAACAUGUAUCAACAAUAAUGGUUCCUAUGUUUGUAAUUGUACGGAGGGCUGGCAGGGACAUGAUUGUGACAAUGAUCGAUUAGAAUGUGAUUUGUUGCCUUGUGAAAAUAAUGGUACCUGUAUCAACACUCUUGGAUCCUAUACUUGCAAUUGCACGGGUGGAUGGCAAAGCAAAGAUUGCAAAGAAGAUGUGAACGAAUGUGAAACGUUCUAUCCAUGUCAAAACAACGGUACAUGUAUCAACAAUAAUGGUUCCUAUGUUUGUAAUUGUACGGAGGGCUGGCAGGGACAUGAUUGUGAGGACGAUCUGAAUGAAUGUGAUUUCGCUCCAUGUGAGAAUAAUGGGACGUGUGUAAAUAACAUAGGCUCCUAUAUAUGUAACUGUACAAACGGAUGGACAGACAAAAACUGCAAAAAAGAUGUGGAUGAAUGUGAAAAGUUUAGUCCAUGUCAAAACAACGGAACAUGUAUCAACAAUAAUGGUUCCUACACAUGUAACUGUACGGAGGGCUGGCAGGGACAUGGUUGUGACAGAGAUCGAUUAGAAUGUGAUUCGUUUCCAUGUGAAAAUAAUGGUACCUGCAUUAAUACUCUUGGAUCCUAUACCUGUAAUUGUACAGAUGGAUGGAAAAACCAAGAUUGCAAAGACGAUGUGAAUGAAUGUGAAACGUUUCAUCCAUGUCAAAACAACGGUACAUGUAUCAACAAUAAUGGUUCCUAUGUUUGUAAUUGUACGGAGGGCUGGCAGGGACAUGAUUGUGAGGACGAUCUGAAUGAAUGUGAUUUCGCUCCAUGUGAGAAUAAUGGGACGUGUGUGAAUAAUAACGGCUCCUAUACAUGUAACUGUACAGACGGAUGGACAGACAAAAACUGCAAAAAAGAUGUGGAUGAAUGUGGAAAUCUUAGUCCGUGUCAAAACAACGGAACAUGUAUCAACAAUAACGGGUCCUAUGUCUGUGAUUGUACGGAGGGCUGGCAGGGACAUGAUUGUGACAUAGAUCGAUUAGAAUGUGAUUCAUAUCCAUGUGAAAAUAAUGGUACUUGCAUCAACACUCUUGGUUCCUAUACCUGUAAUUGUACUGAUGGAUGGCAAAACCAAGAUUGCAAAGAAGAUGUGAAUGAAUGUGAAAAGUUUAGUCCAUGUCAAAACAACGGAACAUGUAUCAACAGUAAUGGUUCCUAUGUUUGUAAUUGUACGGAGGGCUGGCAGGGACAUGAUUGUGAUGGAGAUUUUGAUGAAUGUCGGCUAUCACCCUGUCAACAUAAUGGUACCUGUAUAAAUACAAACGGUUCUUACACCUGUAACUGUACCGAGGGAUGGAAGGACAAGGAUUGUUUAACAGACGUUGAUGAGUGUGACUUGUCACCUUGUUUCAACAAUGGAACCUGUAUCAAUACGAACGGUUCAUAUGCAUGUAACUGUACAGCAGGUUGGAAAAGUAAAGAUUGUGAUGAGGAUAAAAACGAAUGUGAUAUAUUUGAACUAUGCAAAAACAAUGGAACAUGUUCAAAUAAUAACGGCUCCUAUGCUUGUAAUUGUGCGGAGGGGUGGCAAGGACAGAACUGUGAAAAAGAUCUAAAUGAAUGUGACUUUGCGCCAUGUGAGAAUAAUGGAACGUGUAUGAAUUAUAACGGCUCCUAUACAUGUGAAUGUACAAAUGGAUGGACAGACAAAGAUUGUAGAGAAGAUGUGAAUGAAUGUGAAAAGUUUAGUCCAUGUCAAAACAACGGAACAUGUAUCAACAAUAAUGGUUCCUAUGUUUGUAAUUGUACGGAGGGCUGGCAGGGACAUGACUGUGAUAUAGAUCGAUUAGAGUGUGAUUCGUUUCCUUGUGAAAACAAUGGUACCUGCAUCAACACUCUUGGAUCCUAUACUUGCAAUUGUACGGAUGGAUGGCAAAGCAGAGAUUGCAAAGAUGAUGUGAACGAAUGUGAAAAGUUUAGUCCAUGUCAAAACAACGGGACGUGUAUCAACAAUAAUGGAUCCUAUGUUUGUAAUUGUACGGAGGGCUGGAAGGGACAUGAUUGUGACACAGAUGAAUUAGAAUGUGAAUUAUUCCCAUGCGAAAAUAAUGGCACCUGUAUCAACACUUUGGGAUCGUAUACCUGUAAUUGUACUGAAGGAUGGCAAAAUGAGGAUUGCAAAGACGAUGUUGAUGAAUGUAACACAAAGUAUCCUUGCUUAAACAAUGGAACCUGUAUUAACAAUCAAGGAUCAUACAGUUGUAACUGCACACUCGGAUGGAAAGGCUAUAACUGUGAAGAAGAUUUCAAUGAAUGUAGCGAUUCUCCUUGUGAAAAUAACGGAACUUGCAUAAACAACGAAGGAUCUUUUAUCUGCGACUGUGAAAACGGGUGGAAAGGAAAACUCUGUCACAUAGACGAGAACGAAUGUGAGCUGUAUUCCCCGUGUGAUCACGGUUUCUGUUUAAACACUAACGGUUCCUAUUUCUGUGACUGUGACGAUGGAUGGCAAGGACAAAACUGUACAGAAGACGCCAACGAAUGUGAGCUCAUAGGUGUAUGUGAAAAUGGCGGUAGCUGUGUGAACACCAACGGAUCCUAUGCGUGUCGAUGUGUGGAGGGGUGGGAAGGACCACAUUGUGAAAAUGACAUCAAUGAGUGCAAUGUAACUGAACCAUGUCAGAACAACGGUACCUGUGAAAAUACAUAUGGUUCUUAUGUUUGUCAUUGCCAAGCAGGAUGGCAGGAUACAAAUUGUCAUAAAGAUUUGAACGAAUGCAACAUGGAACCAUGUGAAAAUAAUGGAACAUGUCACAACAAUAACGGGUCUUACACAUGUGAAUGCAUGGAAGGUUAUCAGGGUCAACAUUGUCAAGACGAUUUUAACGAGUGUAUUAUGAAAGUACCGUGUGAAAACAACGGAACUUGUAUUAACAACCAUGGAUCUUAUGAAUGCAAUUGUGAAGAUGGAUGGCGUGGAAAACACUGUGAUAUUGAUGACGACGAAUGCAAAGGUUUGCCUUGUCAAAAUAAUGGGACAUGCAUCAAUACUAUGGGGUCCUAUGUGUGUAACUGCACAGAAGGAUGGCAGGAUAAAGAUUGUAGAGACGAUGUGGAUGAAUGUCUUGUAAACUCCCCCUGCCAAAACAACGGCACUUGUAUCAACAAUAAUGGUUCUUACGAAUGCAACUGUACUCCAGGAUGGGAAAACAAAAAUUGCGGGACAGAUAUUGAUGAAUGUCAGCGUUAUUCUCCUUGUCAACAUAAUGGAACAUGCGUCAACAACAGAGGGGCUUACUCUUGUGAAUGUAAGGCAGGAUGGGAGGGCUUUCAUUGUGAAAAUGAUACCAAUGAGUGUUCGUUUGUUCCCUGUCAUCAUAACGGUUCCUGUAUCAACAUCGACGGAUCAUACUUCUGCAACUGCACAGACGGCUGGCAAAACAAAGAUUGUAAAGAAGAUUUCGAUGAAUGUGUUGUUCUUGAUCCUUGUCAAAACAAUGGAACAUGUUACAAUACCAACGGCUCCUACGUAUGCCAGUGUACAGAUGGCUGGCAUGGACACGACUGUGAACAAGAUAAAAAUGAAUGUCAGCUAUACGGACCUUGUGAAAACAAUGGAACGUGUUUGAAUAACAGAGGGUCCUAUGUCUGUAGAUGUAUGGAAGGAUGGGAAGGACAACACUGUGGUGAUGAUAUUAAUGAGUGUUUGGGGGCAGAGUUAUGUGAGAAUAACGGAACUUGUGUAAACAACAAUGGAUCUUACGCAUGUAUCUGUACAGAUAACUGGCUUGGAAAACACUGCAAUGAUGAUGCUGAUGAGUGUGCAGAAGAUCCUUGCUUAAAUAAUGGAACAUGUCAAAAUAACCUAGGUUCAUAUGAAUGCAAAUGUGCUCCUGGGUGGCAAGGUGUUAACUGUAAAAAAGAUGUAAACGAAUGUUUGGAUUCACCCUGUCAAAGCAAUGGUACCUGUUCUAACACCGAGGGGUCAUAUUUCUGUAACUGUACCGCAGGCUGGAGUGCCCAUAACUGUGAUAAAGAUAUCGAUGAAUGUACCGAAUACGAACCAUGCCAAAAUAACGGUACAUGUAUCAACAACAAUGGAUCGUAUAUGUGUAUGUGCACGAAGGGAUGGCAUGGACAACACUGUGAUGAAGAUGAGGAUGAAUGUCUUCAAACACCUUGUCAACAUAAUGGCACGUGCUCCAACACUAUUGGAUCAUACACAUGUACUUGUGACGACGGCUGGGAGGAUAAGGAUUGCAAGGAAGAUCGAAAUGAAUGUUUGGAAUUUCCGUGUCAGAACAACGGUACGUGUAUUAAUAACGAUGGUUCCUACAUAUGUAACUGUACAGUCGGCUGGGAAAGUCACAACUGCGAAAAAGAUGUAGAUGAGUGUACUGUAUUUGAGCUGUGUCAGAACAAUGGAAACUGUACCAACAGUGAGGGUUCCUAUGUUUGUACAUGCGAGAGUGGAUGGAGGGACCAGCAUUGUGACAAAGAUGUGAACGAAUGUUUGGAAUUUGAACCUUGCAUCAAUAAUGGAACUUGUCAUAACAACAAUGGUUCAUACAGUUGUGAGUGUUCAGAGGGAUGGAUGGGACAACAUUGUGAUAUUGAUAAGAACGAAUGCAAGUCGUCUCCUUGUCAAAAUAAUGGUACUUGUGUUAACAACGAUGGAUCUUAUUCCUGUGUCUGUGCACCAGGCUGGACUGAAUAUGACUGUAAAACUGACAUCAAUGAGUGCCAGUGGUCGCCAUGCCAAAACAAUGGCACCUGUGUAAACUCGAUGGGUUCAUACCAAUGUAACUGUACAGAGGGCUGGCAGGGACAUGAUUGUCACAUCGAUUUGGAUGAAUGCAGUGUGUACUCGCCAUGCGAAAACAAUGGAACGUGUAUCAAUAAUGAAGGAUCUUACACGUGCAGCUGUACGAGGGGGUGGAGUGGAACGAACUGCAAAACGGACAUUGAUGAAUGUUUGCUGUCUCCAUGUAAAAACAAUGGUACUUGCCAUAACAGUAAUGGGUCGUAUGUCUGUGAAUGUACAGAGGGCUGGCAGGGCAAACACUGCAAUGGCGAUAAUGAUGAAUGUACUUCAAUGCCAUGUCUCAAUAAUGGAACCUGCAUCAAUAAUAUUGGGUCAUAUUCGUGUGAUUGUAUGAAGGGAUGGAUUGGGGAUAUUUGUGAGAAGGAUGAUGAUGAAUGUAAGGCACCAGGUGGAUCCCCUUGUCUGCAUAACGGGACCUGUAUUAACACUCAGGGUUCCUAUCAGUGUGACUGCAUGGAAGGUUGGCAGAAUCACGAUUGUCAGGAUGAUAUAAAUGAAUGCGAUGUGAAUGACCCAUGUCAAAAUAAUGCUACUUGUAUCAACAAUGACGGCUCGUAUAAAUGCGUGUGUGUGGAUGGUUGGAAGGGACAAAAUUGUGAUAUCGAUAUCAACGAAUGCACAGAAAAUGGCCCCUGUCAGAACAAUGGAACGUGUCAUAAUAAUGAUGGGUCGUAUACUUGUACCUGUACGAUUGGAUGGCAAGGCCAACAUUGUGAUGAUGAUAUAAAUGAAUGCACCGUUAAAGAACCAUGUCAGAAUAACGGAACAUGCACAAACAAUAAGGGGUCUUAUAUCUGUAGCUGUACAGCGGGGUGGAAAGGCAAACACUGCGAUGAAGACUUCGAUGAAUGUGAGAACAAUAUGCCUUGUGAACAUAAUGGAACUUGUUUGAACAAUGAAGGUUCUUAUACAUGCGAAUGUAUGGCAGGAUGGACGGGACAUGACUGCGAAUCGGAUGUGAAUGAAUGUGCCAACUCCCCAUGUAAACACAACGGUACCUGUAUCAAUAAUAAAGGAUCAUAUAUCUGCAACUGUACGAAGGCGUGGAAGGGCCAAAAUUGCCAGAUAGAUGUUGACGAAUGUGAGCUGGCUCCAUGUGAAAACAAUGGCACGUGUAUUAAUACCGUUGGCUCCUACACCUGUGAUUGUACCGAUGGUUGGAAAAAUAAAGACUGCAAAACUGAUGUUAAUGAAUGUAACAACUCCCCAUGCCACAACAAUGGAACAUGUACGAACAACGAGGGAUCAUACACCUGCUCUUGUGCGGGAGGUUGGAAGGGACACAAUUGCGAAGAAGAUAAGAAUGAAUGUGAGCAAUCACCUUGUCGACACAAUGGCACCUGUAUCAACAACCAGGGGUCCUACAAAUGUGAUUGUACUGUGGGAUGGAAGGGCAAAGACUGUAACACUGAUGUAAAUGAAUGUGAGAAUUCCCCCUGUCAGAAUAGUGGUACCUGCAUCAACACUGAGGGAUCUUACGGGUGUAAUUGUACGGAGGGCUGGCAGGGACAUAAUUGUGAAAUAGACAUCAAUGAAUGUGACAAUGAGCCUUGUCAAAACAAUGGAACUUGCAUUAAUUCACCAGGGUCCUAUGAUUGUGACUGCAUGAGUGGAUGGAAAGACAAAAACUGCGAUGAAGAUGUCAACGAAUGUGAUAACUCCCCUUGCCAAAAUGGCGGCACCUGCAUCAACAGCAAUGGCUCAUACUAUUGUGAUUGUACAGACGGCUGGACAAGUAAUAUUACAGAUUGUGAAACAGAUGUGGAUGAGUGUAAGAAUAGUCCAUGUCAACACAAUGGAACUUGUAUCAACAAUCAAGGGUCCUACCAUUGUGCAUGCACGGAAGGAUGGCUAGGCGAGGAUUGUAAAACAGAUCGUAAUGAGUGUGACAACUCCCCUUGUCAAAAUGGAGGCACGUGUUUGAAUAACGAUGGGUCAUAUAUCUGUAACUGCACUGAGGGUUGGGAAGGACAUGAAUGUCAGACAGAUAAGAAUGAGUGUUUGUCCGAACCUUGUGAAAACAAUGGAACGUGCAUCAAUAGCCAGGGAUCGUAUAAGUGUGACUGCAACAAUGGAUGGACAGGGAAAGACUGCAUAGAAGAUGUUAAUGAAUGCAUCAAUGAUCCUUGUAAUAAUGGAGGAACCUGCCUCAAUACUGAUGGCUCCUACAAAUGUAAAUGUCUGGAAGGCUGGCAAGGCCAUGACUGCGAGGAGGACAAAAAUGAAUGUGAAGAUUCGCCAUGUCAGCACAAUGGAACAUGUGUCAAUACUUUGGGGUCGUACAAAUGUCACUGCACUGAUGGCUGGCAAGACAAACAAUGUCGAGCAGAUGUGGAUGAAUGCAAAACUUCCCCAUGUCUCAAUGGUGGGACCUGCAUCAACAACCAAGGCUCCUACACAUGUAAAUGUACGGAGGGCUGGCAAGGACAUGAUUGUUUAGAGAAUAAAAAUGAGUGUUUGAUAUCAGCACCUUGUCAAAAUGGCGGCACGUGUGUGGAUACAGAGGGAUCUUACAAAUGUAAAUGUGUUGUCGGUUGGGAAGGACAGAAUUGUCAGACAGAUGUGAAUGAAUGUGAACAGCUCCCAUGCCAGCAUGGUGGAACAUGUCAUAAUAACGAAGGAUCCUUCACUUGCACAUGCAAACCAGGAUGGACGGGUACCACGUGUGAAAAGGAUAUUGAUGAGUGCUCGCCCAACAAUCCCUGUGUAAAUAACGGAACCUGCUCCAAUACUCGAGGUUCCUACAGAUGUUCAUGUACUCUGGGCUGGACAGGAGAUCAUUGUGAAGAAGAUAAAAAUGAAUGUGCUUCACUACCUUGUGCCAAUGGUGGUACGUGUAUGAAUAGUGAGGGGUCCUACUCCUGUCAGUGUGAAGCGGGAUGGACGGGGAAGGACUGUCUGGAAGACGUUAACGAGUGCCUGAAAUCCCCUUGCAAGAAUGGUGGAACAUGUCAGAACACAAAAGGUUCAUUCAAGUGUCAGUGUGUGAAAGGAUGGGAGUCACCGGUUUGUGAUAAAGAUGUCAAUGAAUGUAACAAUAAUCCUUGUGAAAAUGGUGCUACCUGCAGCAAUACCGAGGGAUCUUAUAAAUGCACGUGUACCCCAGGAUGGACAGGUCCAAACUGUAAAAAAGAUAUUGAUGAAUGUAAAACGAAUCCCUGUCAAAAUGGCGGGAAAUGUCAAAACACUGAGGGCUCUUAUAUGUGUCAGUGUACGGAUGGUUGGACUGGCCAACGUUGUGGGAAAGAUGUUAACGAAUGUAACGAAAAUCCUUGCAGCCAUGGGGAAUGUAUUAAUGUAAUGGGUUCCUAUAGAUGUGAUUGUGAAGCUGGUUGGACUGACACUCACUGCGAAACCGACGUCAAUGAGUGCUUAACUGAUCCAUGUCUUAAUAAUGGAACGUGUCGAAAUACUAUUGGAUCAUACAAAUGCACAUGUCCAGACCCGUGGAUAGGGCGUAACUGUCACAGUGGUAUGUUUGCAACAAGUGCACGUGAACAAAUGGGAUCUAAAAACAUUGAAAUCCAAUGUGAUCUUAAAAACUAUGACGAGAAAUGGAGACAUUUUGAUGUUGUUCGCAACAACGUACCUGUAAUCCGGGUCCUUCCUGAUGGCAGAGUUCAGACUAGAUUUAAUCGGAAGAGAGUAGUCGUAAAACCCACAAUAGAAAACCACGACACUUCAGUAAAUGUGAAGUUCGUAAAAUACCGUUGCCGGGACGAGGGACGGUAUACCUGCUUAAUAGACAAUAAACACCCACAGGAUAUGAUAGCAGUUGUUACUACCCCACCAAAAGAUAAACCUUCCAUACAGAGUAUUGAUGAGCUCUUUGGUGAAAAUAAUGUUGAUUUUAACUGCACUGGUAAACCAGGAUAUCCGGAUGGAAACUUGGAGUUUGAAGUCAAGUUAUCAAAUGACACUGAGUUCCGCCCCUACCAGUUUUAUAGUGCUAAAGUGGAGAAUGAGGACAAAGAUUGUUCUCGAACUCAGACAAUUUCUGCUACCUUUUUAUUUACCAUGGAGUGGAAUCAAGCAAAGAUUAGGUGUAGAAGCGGUCAGCAGUUUGAUGAAACUAAUGUAUAUCUCAUUCCACGCACAAUAUGUGAAAGAGUAAAUUUGAAUACAGGUGUUCGGCAUCCGUAUGAUCCACACAAAUACAUCACUUGCACGCGUGAAGCACCUCAAGCUAGAUUUUGUCCAGGAAGCACGUGCUACGAAGAACGAGCACAACAAUGUACAUUCACUUGUGCAUAAUCCAUUUUAAACUAUACUAGUAUGUGUUUAUAUCAUUGUAAUUUAUUUUUAUUACCAUUUUCUUGUUUUGUAUACGAUUUUUUUUUUAUAUUGAUUGAAAAUAAAUUAUUUUUACAAACUUUU